GCCCGCCCGCUUCACCUCGUGACCCGGAUGCGUCGCGGCCCGCGUCGCCAACGCCGCCGCCGCACCCAUCGGUGUAGGCGCGAGCGCGGAGCGCCGCCACUCCACAACCUUUUCCUCCACCGCGUCCCUCUCUGGUGGUGCUGUCACCUUUGUGGCGCGCCGAUGGCGAACAGCCGCGCGCCAGUGGCCCCGAGGCGGAGAGUGUCCUGCGAAACCCGCCCCACACCCCGCCUUGCCUAGACGCUCUGCCCGGGAGCCUGCGCCACGAACGCCGCCGCCUCGUCCAAGCCUCACCGCGCCCUCCCGCAGCAGCUCCUGUCGACGGCAAGAGCUAGAGUGGUACGGCCGUCUUGGGAAGUGGCUCGUCAGCUUUAUUUCCCAUCUCCUGGAGGAGAAUCAGAAUCUGGGGUUGUGGGCAAGACCGAGGUGUGUGCGAGAAAACUGCCCGGCCAUGGCAUCGGAGACUCAAGCCAAGUAUCAGAAGCUAGCACAAGAAUACGCCAAGCUUCGGGCACAGAACCAGGUGCUGAAGAGGGCCGUGGUGGAUGAGCAGGAGGCAUCUGGGGUCUUCAAGGAGCAGCUGAAGGGUCGGGAGCAGAGCGUGCGGCGUCUAGAGCAGGAGAUGGACAGUCUGACAUUCAGGAACCAGCAGCUCGCCAAGCGCGUGGAGCUCCUGCAGGGGGAGCUGGAGUCCAUGGAGAAACGAGGGAAAAAGAGCAAGCCGCGUGCGGGCGAGCCGGUGGCCUCCGUCCCCAUGUUCCCGGCGCGGGAGAGCGUGUUCAACGAGGACCUACAGAAGAAGAUCGGGGAGAAUGAAGAGCUGCACAAGCAGCUGUAUGAGGUGGCGGACAAGCACGAACGCGAGCAGGCCGCUCUGCGUGAGCGGCUCGCCUGGCUGGAGGAGCAAGUGUCGAGCCAGGACGACGUAGCCCAAGCGCUGCGCUCGGCACACGCCCAGACCACGGAGCGGCUGCAGCACGACAGGGCACAGCACGAGGUGAAAGUGCAGGCUCUGGAGAGGGAAGCCAAGGAAUGUCGACUGCGUGCAGAGGAAUGUCAGCAGCAACUGCAGGAGGUCCGCGUUGACCUGGGUGGGCGUCUGGAGGAAGCCACCGUCAUCAUCCAGGAGCACAUCCCCUUCAAUGACACCAGCAUACCCGAGUUCAACACCCUAAAUGUCCCGACCUAUGACCGAGCACAUCAGCUUCGUGCACGUGAGCUGGUGGGCCAGGCGCUGUUGCUGGUGAAGGACCUGGUGUCGUCAUUGCUCAACUUCCACACGUACACGGAGCAGCGCUGCCUCGUGCACCCGCUCGACGCAUCCACACACCCCGUCUCCCCCGUGAACCAGAAGUUUUGCCAAUUUCUGCAUGAGAAUGCGUCGUACGUGCGUCCCCUGGACCAGGGCAUGCAGCAGCUGCAUGACAGCAUUACGGAGGAUGCCGUCACGAUGCUGGAGACUGUCGUGUCGCUGUCGCCGUUCUCGGACAGCCUCUCUAACUAUGUGUCCUACCUGUCCAAGCUCACGCCCUACCAGCUGGAGAGCCUGCAGGAGGAGUCGCGCUCGCCCCUGUGCAGCGAGGAGCUGCGUACCCACAACGCCGAACUGGAACAGGACGUGAGAGCCAUGACAGCAGCCUUCUCCCGCACGAGCACCUACGUGGUGGCGCUCACGCUGCCCGGAACGAGGCCUCAGGCGAUGCACCCUGACAACCACGGUGCAGUGUACACACAGCUCGGGGCCGCCCUGCACAGCCUGCACCAGGCUGCCCAGGGGCUCUCAAAGCGCUAUGGCGCCAAGGUGAGCUUGGAGCACGAGCUGCCCACUUCAAGCCACAAGCUGCGCUCCACUAACGAGUGUCUCCUCUCAUCCCUCGUUGCCCUCGCCUGCACCACUGGCAAGAUUGCCGAGUUUUUCGCUGGCAGCCUGGACUUCCUGUCAGUAGCCCCCAGCCCUGCCUUUGGCCGGCGGGGGGCGGCCGGUGGCGCCGAAGCAGCGCGGUGCGUGGCCAAGUACCGGCGGAAAGCGGCACAGUACAUGUUCACCAUCCAACAGCCGCCCCCGGACUCGGUGCCGUAUGAGGAGGCUAUGGCUAACCGGGCGGUGCUACUUAGCUCCACCGAGAGCCGUGAAGGCCUGGCUCAACAGGUGUUACAGACCCAGGAGAAGCUGCUGCGGCUGGAGCAGGAGAAGGAGCACUGGUUGCUCGAGACGCAGCUGGCGCAGGCGCGGUUUGAGAAGGAGACGGCACGCUGCCGCCAGCUGGAGACGCGCUUGCAUGCAGCACUGAGCCAAGCCGGUAGCGGUGGUAGCGGCGGUAGCGGCGACGGUGAGGAGCAGGAGGCAACGACGGCGCAGGAGGGGAACGUGCGAGAUGCAGUGGCACAGUACGAUGGUGCUGGCGCCAGCACGCCGCGCGGCCGGCUGUCAAGCUCAGAGGCGGAGGAACCGUCUGUGCUGGAGGAUGGGCGCGAGCAGCUGAUCAAGCGCCACUACACGGCACGCGUGACUCAGCUUGCCGCUCAGCUGCAGCAGGCGGACAGCAGAGCUGUCCACUUCCACGCAGAGUGCCGUGCUCUCAGCAAAAGGCUCCGUUUGGCAGAAAAAGCACGGCAGCAGUUUCAGAGCGAACUUCACACAGCAAACCAGAACCUCAGCAGUCUGCAGGAUGAGCUCACCACCACUAAGCGGAGUUAUGAAGACCAGCUGAGCAUGAUGAGUGAUCACCUGUGCAGCGUCAACGAGACGCUCGCAACACAGAGGGACCAGAUCGACGCCCUCAAGCUCGCCGGCAAGGCAAGCUCUAAGAAGAAGUCCCGGUGAAGAGUAACAGUGAUCGUCUGCUUCGGCCUCCACCGUCUACAUCGCUGUGCUCACAAAUGCAGCACCCCACCGCUGAGGUCCAAGAUAUGAACUCGGAGCCACGUGAACACCGUCUGCUGCAUUUUAGAGGAUUGAUAUAAAUGUGCGGAUUCAUCUGAUUGAUGGCAAUAAUAAGAAUAGACGUAAUGUUGGGAUUUUGUUUUGGCACUAAAAAUGAAAUGUUUAAUCUGUCAUUGUUGGGCAGCCCUUGUCACAAUUGGUGUUUGUCGGUUGUGAUUUGUUUUAAAAAGGCUAACGCCACACUGGCUUCACAGUCUUUUUGUCUCAUCAGAAGGGUAAGGUCCCCUUUAACCAAAGAGGCCUGUGAAAGAAGUUCAACAUACAUACAAAGGCACUGGGUAAACCGAUGUUAUUUCAAGGAGCAAUCUGUGAACACCAUGGACUCAAUAAAGCAAUUUUAUUUGGGGGGA